CUCCACGCCAUGCAGGUCGACGGUGGCUGCAUAGCCGACAUGGAUGCCCCAAAGGCCGGCGCUGGAGGCUGUGGGUGGUGAGGUUUCAGCGCAGAGAGGACGCCCAACGCUGGACGACCUGGAUAUCUCGACCUCAUGGGCGAAUCGAAUAUUCCGGGGCCGAACGCCCACCUUUCACUCUUUGGCUAUUGCUGACAUGGCUCUGCUGUUCCGGAACCACGGCUGUGCUGGCUAUUCCAACCACCAGUCUAUUCCCCUCCGGGUGAAACCUCUUGCUUUUGUCUUUUUCGGCCCUCCAGUCAGCCGAGUAAGCAAGGUACCACUCUACGAGUAUGUACGGUACACUGGCAUCCAUCGCCGUCACCUCCGCGGGCUGUUCUUUCGCGCCCUCCAAGAAUCCGGCUGUCGUAGGCGAGGUUGGGCCAUAGUCGCCUUGUUCGCUCCCCUGUAUUCUAGUGCGAAUGUCCCAGAGCCUAGUCAACCAGGGGCCUUCCUUGUCUUUUAGCACUGCACAGUGCUGCAUGCCUCAAUGUUUUUGCAGGCUCAAAUGUGGUCAAUUUGUGGCUUUUGUGUCAUCGAGACACUCCACACCUCGGAAGAGCAGAGGCGACAGCGUCAGCUGAGGCUGUUGGAGCACUCUGCCAUACUUGUUCGAUCAUGCGAAUGGUUUUACUGCUCGCCUGUUCAUCCUUUGUUCGGCGAAGACCAGCCUUCGUUCCCGGCCCAUUAGACCGUCCUUACCUUACCAACCCCUCUCAUGGCAGAGACAACUGACUUUACAUGAACUAUGAUGGCUUCAGGCUAGGCUUCCCGGUCCGUUUGGCUGCAAUGGGGUGUUUACUCGGAAGGAAGUGGCAGAGCAACGACGAUUGUUACCCAUGGGGCGAGAUCGCCGAGCCGUCUGGGGUAGGAAUUCUGUCACCGGUGCUUGAGGCCCCGGGUCAGAUCAGCAUUCGCCAUAGUGGACAAGGCUCAUCAUACCCGUAGACAGUAUGGAUGGCUCGCAGGAAGAGAUGGAGCAAGUACUCAGGCAGCAGUUGCUCCUCAUCAUUCGAAAUGUGUUGUCCAGUGGGUCAAUCAAAUCCUUGAUUUGGGUAUUAGACUGAGUUCCCAGGUACUAUGGUCCCUCAUUACGUCUGAGGGGCUUUGCGGGAAGUAAUCAAGGAAGUGACAAAGAACUAGCUCUGGGUUGCAUCAGUACGUACGAAGAGAACAAUAAACAUGGCCGCUUCGUUCACGUCGACUUUGGACUGGCCGGUCGUUCUGGUUGUGUCAUUCGGCAAGUGCUAGACAGGACCCAAUAACGAAGUGGAGUAAUUGCGCCAGCUUUCGAGAAAUCACGUUGAGGACGCCCACCACCAGGCUUUGUGACCACCAUGCAUCCGAAGAUGCAAGAGUAGCCGCCAGAGAGUUUUGUUGUGUCCAGUAACACUGCCCUCCCACAUCGCCUGCAGCAGGGCGAAAUUCAAUUGGUUCCGU